AAUGAGGGGCAGGAGUUACAGUCCUUCACCACCAAGGGGUUACGGCAGAAGAGGAAGAAGCCCUAGCCCUAGGGGUCGCUACGGUGGUCGUAGUAGAGAUGCUCCAACGAGUCUUUUGGUUCGUAACCUACGCCAUGAUUGUCGGGUUUGCCUUAAUAGAUCUGAGGGAGAGAAUGAGGAGCAUGGUUUGGAAUUUGAGACGAUGGCAGUCAGAGUUGAGUUGAAACUUUUGAAAUCGCAAAAUCAACGUUGCUAAUGAUGAAUUCAAAGAUUGGUGAUGGUUUUGACCUUCUGUGUGACAACAUGAGGGAGUUUGAAGAGCUAGAGAAAAAGGCAUUCAAUGGUGAUGUUUGUAACUUGGCUCAAACGUCUGAUAGGUGUGAUGAACCCAAGAUAGCUUGGACAGUGAUAGUAAGGUGAGAACCAAUCAACUGCGGCAAAUAUAGAAAUAUGAAAUCGCUGAUUUGUUUUAGCAAACCAAUGGUGGUUAUUUUCUUGGGGAGCAUCCAAAGGUAUGUAUUGCUAUUGUACUAAUGUCUAAUGCACACUCUUGCACAAAUGAAAAGCACUGCACUCUUCCUAUUUCAUGAAUGAGGACUUCUACCUUAAUAGAGGAACAAAAGAUUAGCUUAGAUAAUUUGGGUUUUGGUAUUGAGAACCAGAGUGCCAUAGGUAAGUCUUGGUGCUAGGGAACCUUUGGUUGUUGAUGCUGAGGAUGCUAGUUGUGCUA